CAGUAGUUUCAGAUUACUGUUUAAUUGCUGUAGUAAGAAACUAGAAUUUGCUAGAAGCCACCUAGUAAUAAAAAUUUAGAAUGAAAUUAAAAAUAUCUUCUUUCAAAGAACCAAAACAUGUUGGGGUAGUUAUUUGUGUGAGUUGGAAUAAUACUGAAGAUGUUUUUUCCUGCGGUGAUGAUCAUAAGUUAUUGAAAUGGAAUCUAGUAAACAGCGAAUGUAUGGUUGUGAUGACGUUCCCUGAUGACUUCUAUCCAACAGGGAUGCACCUGUUCCCGAAAAUAAACAUGGGGGGAAACAAACAUCAACAUGAUGUUAUACUCAUUUCUACAGCAGAUGGGAAAUUUCAUAUAGUGAAUCAUAACGGUCGAAUAGAAAAAACCGUUAACGCUCAUCAAGGUGCUUGUCUCGCUGCACAGUGGAGUCCUGACGGAGCUGGUCUCCUUACAGCCGGAGAAGAUGGUUUCGUCAAAGUAUGGUCUCGGAAUGGAUUGCUACGCUCUACAAUCGUGCAAUCGGAUGUACCGUGCUACAACGCCACUUGGAGUCCGGAUAGCAGCGCGAUCCUGUAUACGAAGGAAAACUUUCUCGUCAUCAAACAUUUAAAUUCCAAUAACAAAAUUACAAAAUGGAAAGCUCAUGAAAGUCUAAUUUUAUGCGUAGCAUGGAAUGCAAAUAACAAUAUGAUUAUAUCUGGUUCUGAAGAUGGUUUCUCUAAGAUUUGGGAUACCUUCGGUCAACAAAUAUCUGUCAGCGUGAAACAUGACCAACCCAUCACCAGUGUGAGUUGGUCGCCUGCCGGUGACCUGUUCGUCAUUGGAAGUUACAAUCUCGUACGAUUGUGUAGUGCCAAUGGAUGGUCUCACUGUCUAGAUCGUCCAGCCACCGGUAGUAUUUAUAGCAUCGCUUGGUCUUCAGACGGUACCCAAUUAGCAGCUGCUUGUGCAAAUGGACAUGUUAUGUUCGCUCAUAUAAUUGAAAGAGAGUAUACUUGGAAAAACUUCUCCUGCACCCAAACAGGCCGCAAAGUGAUUGCUAUUAAAGAUAUAAUUACCGACCAAAGCGAUCAAUUAGACUACCCUGACAGAGUUAUACAAAUCGCACUAGGAUUCAAUCAUCUUGUGAUAGCGACCGUCAAACAAUGUUUUAUACAUAAACUGAGCUCUUGGAAUACACCAGUGACAUUUGAUCUUAAGGAAGGAACGAUUAGUAUGAUUUUGUUGUCUGAAAGAUGUUUGUGUAUAGUAGAGAGAGCCGGUAUCUCUGUAUAUAGUUAUAUGGGGCGACUACUAGCUAGUCCCCGUUGGGGUGCCCGUCCAGACACCCUCGGUCGAGCAGCCUUAUCUCUCGGACCUGACGCCCUCGCUGCUGUUGAUCAAACAGAUCGCAAGCUUGUUCACGUGUUCGAUCUACCAACUGGGCUAAUAGUGCGUAGCUCUACUGAUAACACAGUGACAAAAUUGUCCCACAAGAUGACAGUGUCCAACAUCGCACUGAGUCAGUCGGGGCCAAUUAGCGAAAGACAGCUAGCAUUAUUGGACUACAACCGUGACUUGUAUGUAAUUACAGUGAAAGAUCCAAAGGCUAAGUUCAAUAAAUUAGGAUCUCAAAUCCUUGACAUAGUAUGGAGUGCAGAAACAGAGCUACUGGUAGGUCUACGUGCCAGCUCUGUGGUGGCUUGGUGUUGUCCUCGCGCUGCCGCCCAAACUGAUUGGCUCCUGCUGACCACUGUCAGCAAGGAAAUCACAGAUCUAGGUCGUAACCCGUCUGUUGUGUGUAUCGAAGACGGCGUCGCGCGUAUUUGUCGCGGCAAUGGAUCCACGCUGCACGUGUCACUCGCUGCUUUUCCCGAAAAGUUGUUAAAACACGUUGCAGCCAAUAUGUGGCAAGCUGCUUUACAGUUGUGCCGAACGGUAGAAGACGAAACGCUAUGGGCCUGUUUGGCAGUUCUAGCAUGGCAACAACACCAACUGGCUGUCGCAGAGGAAGCAUUUGCACUCAUACAUCAGUACCAACAAGUUUGCUACAUUCAGCAUCUCAGGAACAGUAUUCCAGAAAAAUUGUCAGCCAGCGGUAGUUUAAUUGUUAAUUAGUAACAAUGAAAAUGGCAGUACAUAAUUAUUUACGUAAAUUAAAAUUAUAAAAUUAUGUUCACUUGGUUAUCACUUUUGUAAAACACGAAAAGAAGUUUAGUAUGAAAAAAAAAUAAAGAA